AUGCUGGACUGGGGGUUGGUUAGAGACCAGUUCUUGACACCAAUUGACACUCUAAACGGAUGCCUGUGCAGUGUGGUAUUGCACUCAGGAUGCAAUGGCUUGGUAAAAUGGUUGGAUGUGAGACUCAACAGUACCACCUACAAUGUAGCUCCAUAUUCAAAUAACAUGCGGGACAUGAGGCAUCAGCAUUUUUCAAGAAUAGAGAGAUACUCGGGCAUGUCAUGUCCUUCAACAUCAAGCCAGAUCCAGGGAAUGAAGCGGUUCAGAGGUAGGGUGAUGAAAAGAUGUAGUCGGGGAGGAAAGGACAAGGGUGGGGUGUUCACAGAGGGCUGUAGCUUGCCGGCGCGUUGGGGCGUGGGGUACAGUCAAUAUAGCCAGGGUGCGUUCAUCGUCGACCGCUCCAAUUCCAAGGGACUCCGCACUGCCGUGAUUUCACCUCUACGGGUUCUCGACGAAUCCAAUUCUAGCAAGACACGCUUUUGGGACAAAAUACAUGCCUUGCACCAUGCAUUCAGUGGCAAGGGUGGAGGCAUUGUAGAACUCAAGGGAGCAGAGGGUAAUGUAGGCGCUACCAGUGCUAUACAGACGGCUUCGACACUACUUGAUUACUUGCUUCACUGUCUACUCAAUGUCGCGGGUAACCUGGGAUUUGGCAUGCAUGUGACGUUUGAUCCCUUUGACUGCGGACAUGACCAGUCAAAUUGGCCUGACCCACAUUUCGGCCUGACCUUUAUGGCCGAGGUCAACACGGCCGUGACACCACUGGCAGCUAGUACAUAUCGACAAAACAAGGCUAUAAAUAAACAGAAACGUCUGAUCCUGGUUUCCCCCUUGGUCCUCGGAAGUGUUUUGAAAAGCAAGUUCAAUGCAUUGUAUGGUCAAUUCUUAGAGUCUCACCACCCAUUCAAAGAGAACCUCUCAACUGAAUCAAGGUCAGGUCUACUUCCCUAUCUGUACAUCUAUUCUGAUGAGAUUCUUACUAGUGCCCGAGGUUACAGCAAAAGGCAGAGCUUUGGACACCUGAAUGUUUUGCCAGGAGCUCACAACUUUGUAAUUAAAGGUUCCAAUCUAUAUAAUGCCCAAAAAAAACUAAACUCAACUGCCCUAUUUACAGGGUGUGAGGACAUUUUUUGA